ACAAAGUGAAGUGACAGAAGUGGGACUGUGGGAAGUGUAUCGUAAAUAUCUGUCAAAAAAAUUAGUUUUGUAAACAAAAAAUUCACAAUGACAGAUAAUAUAAAUAAUACGUUCGAUUUAAAUGGACAGAAUUUUAAUCAUGAUAUGUAUUUGCAGAAAUUAUUAAAGGAUUGUUCACUUAAACAAAUAAUGGACCAUGAGGCAGAAAUAAUAAAAAAUACACAAAUUUUACAUUCAGAUAUGCAAACAUUGGUAUAUGAAAAUUAUAAUAAAUUUAUAUCAGCCACGGAUACAAUUCGAAAGAUGAAGAGUGAUUUUAAUCAAAUGGAAGAAAGUAUGGAUUUAUUAGCUAAAAAUAUGGAAAGUAUCACUUCAUUUUCAGAGCAAAUAUCAUCAACAUUACAUGGAACACGUCAACAAAUUUCUCGAUUAUCGUCCGUUCAUGCUUUAUUGAAAAAAUUACAAUUUCUUUUUAAAUUGCCCAGUAAUCUCAAAGAUAAAAUGAAUGCUGGAAAUUAUAAUCAGGCAGUACAGGAUUAUAUGCAUGCACAACGUGUUUUAAAUCAAUAUGGAAAUAUGCCAUCAUUUCAAGGAAUUCAAACAGAUUGCGAAGAAAUAGUUGAGGAAUUAAAAUCAAAAUUACGUACGCAAUUUCAUAAAAAAGAUGCAUCAACAAAAUUAUUAACUGAAUGUGUUGAUCUUCUUCUACAAUUAAAUGAACCAGCUGAUUCUUUGUGUGCUGAAUUUUUAAAAUAUGCCGAAAUAAGAUUAACGGGUCAAUUGGAAUUGCUUAGUGAUAUGUGUGAAAAUGAUAUUAUUGAAUUUGUCGAUAUGGGAAGUUCAGGAUUUCUCAGCGAUUUAUGUUUAAUUGUUGCAUCUUAUAAUGAUAUGUUUAUAAAUAGACAGCCACUUGAUGACAAUGAAUUUAGUGAUGAUUUUGAUACAAAAGCUGUUUCACGUUUAAAUACAUUUAUUAUGAAUAAUAUGAAAAAUUAUUUUGAAUUAAUUGGAAAACGUGUUGAGGAUGUAACAGACACGGCAAUAUUAGUGAGAGCACUCGAUAGAUUUCAUAGACGAUUACAAGCAAUGAAUUCACUUUGCAGUGAAACUGAUUUUGCUAGAUCGAGUGUCGAUAUUGUUAUUAACGCUGGAAGAAGACAGUGUCGUAAUCAUUUACAUUCAUUGAAGCAACAUUUAAAUGAAGCUUUAGUCAAGGUGAGACAAAUUCUUGCAACAAAAACAAUUCAAGAAGGAGAUGGUGGAUUAGCUGAACUUCAAGCUACACUCGUGAUGCCAAUUAUUGAAAAAGUCAAAGGCGUACUUCAAGAUCUCUUGGUAUUUCUACAAUCAGAUUUGUCAUUUAGUUUAAAGCCACAAUUUCUUCAAAGCUUUUGUGUAGACGAAGUGAGAGAAAGUUUAGUUGUUGGAUUUUUACAUCAUUUAACAGCGACGGCAAGUGGAUUUUGUACUGGAUCUGACAUUCCUAAAUUCCCUCCAACAUUAUUGUUACUAUUGAGCAAAAUGUGCUUGGAAUUUAAAGACAACAGCGUUAAUUAUUUGCUUGCUGCUGCUGAUGAAAUGUUCAGUGUUGAAGAAUACUCUGGCACUGGUAAUAUUAUAACUCCAGAGAGUGAAAUUUGUGAAAAUUUCCAAAAUGCUGCUCAAACAUUAUUGAAUCAUUAUGUUCGUCUUCAAGGCUUAGCCGUUUCACAAAUGUUGAGAAAAUCUAUUGAAACUAGAGAUUGGUUACAUACACUUGAACCACGUAAUGUGAGGGCCGUUAUGAAACGAAUUGUUGAGGAUAUUACGGCAAUUGAAUCUCAAGUUACUGCCCUCUAUGAAGAUUCAGAUGUUCAAAUGGACAGAAGUAGCGAUAGCAGUAGAAAAGCUCACAGUAGUAGUACCACUUCGAGACAUCAGUUUCGUUCAAAUUGGUCAUCAUUCACAUCGAGUCAUUUGGAUUCAUCGUUGAUGACGAAUAUUCACAAAUUAUUCUCAGAAAGGAUUGAAAUUUUCUCAUCUGUUCAAUUUAAUAAAGCUUCAAUUUUAACGGGAAUUAUCAAAAUUAGUUUGAAGACUUUCCUCGAAUGCGUCAGAUUACGAACUUUUAGUAAAUAUGGAUUACAACAAAUUCAAGUAGAUACACAUUAUCUGCAAUUAUAUUUAUGGAGAUUUGUUGCCGAUGAAAAUUUGGUGUACUUUUUGCUUGAUGAAAUUUUAGAAAGCGCCGCACACAGAUGCCUAGAAGCUGUCCUCAUGGAACCAAGUGUCGUUGAUAUAAUCUGCGAGAAAUUAAUUUAACUGUCCACUAGAAUUAAUAUUAUAUAUUACUAUUAAAUUUUCAAAUAUUUAUCCCUAUAAAACAAUUUUUUUUAAAUGAUUGUACAUUUAAAAAUAUUGUAAAUAGAAAUUUAUAUUUAAAACAAUUAUAUUUAUAAAAUUACGUUAAAUAAAUAAGAAAUGCAAUUUUAAAGAAAAAAAGAUA